UUGACAUUUUGUACUUGUAAAUUUGUUCCGGUUGUUUAUUUCUUCACGUCUUCAAAAGUCCUUUAUUUAUUUGCUGUGUUAUUAGUGAGUAAGCUGAAAAGUAAAAAUUAACUUCAACAUUCGCAUUAGUCUAAAAGAGCGCAUGAAAAUUAACGCAGAGUAACAAAUUGCUACCGCAACUAAAACUUUUGUUUUUGCAUGGCAACAAAAGAAAUUUUGAUUUUAAUAUGAAUACUUCGAUUUUUGGUAGCUUUUUAUGGGAGGCAUUGUAGAGAUUGAAUGAACUACCUAAUUUUGCUUUGCAAUCGAAAACCGACCAUGUUGUCGCGCCGCAGUAAAGAAAAAGCUACCGCUCAUAAGGAAGGUGUGGUUGGUAAGUAUGUGAAAAAGGAAACACCUCCUGAGAUACCAGUGAUAAAUGUCUGGUCGUUUGAUGAGCAGCGCGCCAAGCAUAAUAAGAAGUCACUGCAGCGUUGUGCAAGCACUUCGCCCAGUUGCGAAUUUACCGGUCGAAGUUCUGGUAAUUCCAGUCGCAAUACUUACUCCUGCGGCAACGACUCACAAUUGAAUUCGCAGCCUGAUUAUUAUCAUGCGAGACGGGCACAAUCACAAUUGCCCCCCACGACAACGACAACGAUGCGUUCGGUGUCACAGGCACAUCAGCAACGUUACGGUGUGACGGGCUUUUAUGCGCCUACCAAUUCCAUGUCCUCAACAAACCAACAUCCACAUUUCUACUCAAGCAAUAAUUUGGAUGUGUCCAGCAAUGGACAUGGUCAUAGCGGUAACAGCAGCAAUGCUAGUAACAGCACAAGCAACUAUGUAAACAUUGAGCAAAUCGAUCGAAUUCGUCGUCAACAAUCAUCACCUUUACUGCAGCCUAACAAUGCAUCCUACGAACAAUUUCAUAGAAGGCACUCUGCUAAUCAAAAACAUAGUAACUCUUAUGAUGGACGAAUUCGUGGCUUUACAAGCAGUGAUACUAAUGCCACAUCAAUAGCUGAAGGUAUAGAUUCCUACAACAAUGUACUUCAGAUACCACGUGGUGCUACACCAACUCCACCACAACAUUAUCCAACCAAUGCCAGUUAUUUAGCCGGCUCUGACUCCUAUCCCAUAUACGAAAAUCCCUUUAGAGUUUCUUCCAAUACUUCAGGAAGUGUUAUCAACAAUAAUCAUACAUCAAUGAAUAAUUUCGAUAGUCGUUCUACUCAAUCAACUGCAGAAGUUCGCUCUGAGUCACCCAUUUAUAGUAAUACCACUCUGGCGGUUUCCAACAAUAACUUGCAUUCAUCUUACGAUUUAACUGGUGGUACAGCAGCUGCAACUUCUGUUCAAUCUUUGUACCAUGCACCGUCGAGGCAGCUACACUCACAAUCGGUCGGCAAAACAAACAGUACAACAAAUGUUUUACAAAAGGUGCCAUCACAGCAAUCCAUAGAAGAAGAGCUACCACUUCCACCCGGCUGGGCAAUGCAAUAUACUCUUCAUGGGCGCAAGUAUUAUAUUGACCAUCACACGCAUACUACGCAUUGGUCGCAUCCGCUAGAGAGGGAAGGUCUACCGGUAGGAUGGCGACGUGUUGUUUCUAAAGUUCACGGUACCUACUAUGAAAACCAAUAUACGGGGCAAUGCCAAAGACAGCAUCCAUGCCUUACCUCAUAUUAUGUUUAUACUACAUCUGCCGAACCACCGAAGGCCAUAGGCCCUGAAAUGCCAGUUCCUUAUACACCGCCAGUACACACACACAAUGCGCUAGUACCGGCCAAUCCGUAUUUGUUAGAAGAGAUACCCAAAUGGUUGGUGGUAUACUCAAAUGCAGAUUCAUCGAAAGACCAUAUGCUGCAAUUCAACAUGUUCAGUUUGCAAGAUCUUGAGUGCUUCGAUGGUAUGUUGGUACGUCUGUUCAAGCAAGAGCUCGGCACAAUUGUUGGCUUCUACGAACGGUAUAGGGCAUAUUAAGUGUGCCGCGAAGUUUGUAACACCCAGAAGGAAGUGUCGGAAACCUUAUAAAGUAUAUAUUAUGUAAAUGAUCAACAUGACCAGCUGAGUCGAUUUAGCUAUGCCCGUCUGUCUAUAGAUAGUUAUCUACACUAUAUAUGAAAUUUGACACAAGUCCUUUUCUGCGCAAGUAGCUGCUCAUUUGGAGGAAACGGAGGGACGCUGUCAUUGAUCUGUCAUAAUUAAGUGCAACGUUUUUGUUUGAAAAAAUAUCUUCAUGAAAUUUGGCACAUAUUUUGGUUCAAAGCAGUACUAAAAUCUCCAAACAAAUUGUUCGGAUAGGUUCACUAUAGCAUAUAGCCGCCCUACAGCCUGACCGAUACAAAUCAAGUUCUGUGUCGAAACCUAUUUUAUUUGACAAGAUAUCUUCACGAAACUUCUGCUUCAAAUAUCAAAACAAAAUAGUAUAAUAUUAAGCAAGCUAGCACCUUUUAACGCGAGGAAAUGAAAUCUUUCAAUU